AUGUUUUCUGCUGUGAUUCCUGCUUGUGCUAAAGUUGGUGAACAUGGCGACGCCAUUAAAAUACAUUCCGUCGAGAUCCACGAUGUCGAGACGGCAAAGCAAAAGCCCGCUCGGGCGCUGAAACAUCUACUGAAGUUGAACCAUGUCAAUCAUUCGAUUCUAUACCAUAACGACCGCUUCCAUAAUCAUAUGCCGCAUUUGCUGUCUUCAGCGUAUUUGUUUGGAAGCGAUGCCACCCACUUGAGCCGUCUUUAUGAAAUGGAGGAAAAGGUGCUGGAGCCCUGGCGGGAUUCUCCUGAGGAGAUUGCGGUAGACGACUGGAGGGAAUAUUUGGGGAAGCCAGAAUAUCAGAGAGCCUAUCUCGAUUUUUUCGAGGACGAGCUCGUUCAUCACUCUUAUGAUUGGAAAAAGGUUGUUGAAAUGUAUCUUUAUUCUGGGGAUAGACCGUUGAUAAAUAAUGUUGUUGCAGGCCUUGGACACCCGCUCAUCCAUUUGGGGUAUGCAUACGAAAUGUCGAGUCGAGAGGUAGCUAUUGAGAGUCUCGCAAUGACGGCAACAUGUUACAACUAUCUACACAAAUAUAUUGACGACCAUUCCUACCUGGAAACACCUAACCCAUACCAAACCUCUUCAUCCCUGGAGAUAUUACAUAAAAUUCGGACAGACAAACGUUUCGACAACCUCUUCGAAGAGCCUGGCGGCGAUAAUCUUGAAACCGUCUUCAAAGAUCACGAGGACGCAAUUCUUGAACACUGGCGCGCGUGGGCCAUCACCCCAGACCCCAUCAAACAGCUUGAGGCUUCCCAAGAAGACGCAGCGGCCAUGUUUGUCGCCGCAGACACCGAAAAGCACGACUUUUUCCUCGUCCACCUACUUACCACUAGCCACGCAAUACGAAUUCUAUUACCCUUCGUCCCAAGCAGAUUCCACGUAUCUCUUGUCCGCCAGUGGUGGCUGAUCGUCGUGGGAGUUUACGUCGCACAGUUACGACCCAAAAUAGAGCCUGACGCCAUCCGAUACUAUGACGUAAAGGGGCGGGACUGGGACUGGAUCGGUGGCCAGACCAUCAAUGGUAAGUGGGCGGAAGAGACUCAUUUUAUCAAGGCACUUCGGGCACUGAAGGAGGCUGCAAAGACGUGGGGCGAUAGCGAUGAAUACUAUAUUAAGGCCGCAGUUAAGCUCGUUGACGAUUUCAAGGGGUUUGGAGGUUUUGGUGACCAGGCAGCCUAA